UUGAGCUGUUCCCAAGGCCCAGAACAUUCUUUUCUCCGGCCUUUGCAUGACUGGCUCUUUCACAGUGUUAGGGUUGGUGCAAGGUUACUUCCUCACCAGGCCUUGCCUGACCCCCACCCCCACCCCAGCUCUGUCAGGCAGAUCAGACUUUUGCUUCACAGCACUUAGCACACACAAUCAGAAAUUACCUUGUUGAUUUACUUACUAGUCUGACUGUCCCACUCGGGAGUCUGUUACUAAAGGGCCUGGUCCCUACUUCUUUGCUGUCUGUCACCUGGUGCCAAGCACAGUAGGACUGUGUCUGGCACAUGGUAGGACUUACGAUACACAUUUGGAAGGUGAAAUCCAGCAGACGUGAGAGCACCGUGGGCCUGGUUGGGGCUGGAUGGAAGGAAGGGCGGCGAUGAAUCAGCCUGGCCCCAGUCAGAAGAAGCCAAAGGACAGUACAAGGGGCCAGCAUUCUGACCCCCCACCUCCGUGAUCUUGGCCAGCCAGGCUGCCGGAGAACAUGGUGGAUUACCUGGCCAACACGGAGAUCAACAGCCAGCGCAUCGCGGCCGUGGAGAGCUGCUUCGGGGCGUCAGGGCAGCCGCUGGCCCUGCCAGGCCGCGUGCUGCUGGGCGAGGGCAUGCUGACCAAGGAGUGCCGCAAGAAGGCCAAGCCACGCAUCUUCUUCCUCUUCAACGACAUCCUGGUGUAUGGCAGCAUCGUGCUCCACAAGCGCAAGUACCGCAGCCAGCACAUCAUCCCGCUGGAGGAGGUGACGCUCGAGCCGCUGCCCGAGACCGCGCAGGCCAAGAACCGCUGGAUGAUCCGGACGGCCAAGAAGUCCUUCGUGGUGUCAGCCGCCUCCAGCACGGAGCGCCAGGAGUGGAUCAGCCACAUUGAGGAGUGUGUGCGGCGGCAGCUGCUGGCCACGGGCCGCCAGCCCAGCACGGAGCACGCGGCGCCCUGGAUCCCCGACAAGGCCACGGACAUCUGCAUGCGCUGCACGCAGACGCGCUUCUCGGCCCUCACGCGGCGCCACCACUGCCGCAAGUGCGGCUUCGUAGUGUGUGCCGAGUGCUCCCGAGAGCGCUUCCUCCUGCCGCGCCUGUCGCCCAAGCCCCUGCGCGUCUGCAGCCUCUGCUACCGCCAGCUGGCCGCCCCGAAGCGGGAGGCGGAGGAGCUGCACGCGGGGGCCCCCGGGCAGCCGGCCCACUCGGCCGGGGCGGGCUGCGAGGCAUCCAGCGGGGACGAGGAGGACUCUGACGAGGACAAGGAGGGCAAUGGGGACGGCGACUGGCCCAGCAGUGUGGAGUUCUACGCCUCGGGCGCCUCCUGGUCAGCCUUCCACAGCUGACCGGGAUCUGCGGCUGUGAGGGAGGGCCUCCCGGGCCCUCCUGCAUCCGAGCGGACUCCAUGGUUGGGCCCCGAGAGAGCAGAGUUCCCGCGCUGCACCCCGCCCCCAGGACCCUGCCCCACGGGUGGCAGGCACAGUGGGAGUGGCCCUUUCUCUCCAGACCCCAGUGCCUUUGUGCUGGACAUUGGCAUCCUUCUUUUCCACUUCAGGUAAUUCUCUGUCCACUUAGCGAACUCAAAACACUCGGGCCUGUUAGGAACAAAUAAAUGCCUUUUUCUCAGCCCUAAGAGCUGUGGUCCCAGAUAAUGCCUUGAGCUAGACAACCCCAGGCACCUUUCGGGACCAGAGGGAAGAUAGGACUGGAGUGAGGUCCCCUGAGGCCGUGCACCCCAGCACCUGCCCCCCAGACAAGUGACCCCCCCCCCCCAGGGAACACUGGGAGGACUGGAAACCAGAUCUGCCCAUGCACCUCGCUGACGCUCACCUGCCUGGCUGGCUGGGCCUUCUCAGGCCAGGCAUGGGAGCUCACCUUGAGCCAGACUGGAGUCUGCCAUGCCGUGGGUGCCCACCAGGUGUGGGCCUGAAGCCUGGCUCCGCGGAGUCCAGGGCACAUGCCCGGGCCCCUGACCCCAUCUCCCCUCACUCCAGAUGUCCAGGUGUCUGAUGCCCCUUGGUCCUGUCCCCUGUGGCUGGGGAAAGCAGUGUUUUCUGUUAGGACCCUUCAUUGCAAGUGACAGAAACCCUACCCAGACUGAUUUAACAAUAAAAAGAACACUUAUUAACUCACGUGGUCAAAAAGUUCAGGAAUGACUUGCUUCAGACACAGCUCAUCAGGGGCUCAAACCAUGCGCGGUG